AACAAACUUCGCAGUCGUCUUAAUAGAACAAAGCAGUCAAACCAAGAAAAUUCAGCAAAGCCGUACCUAUAUAUCUCAAAAUGUAAUCAUCUUCUCCUUCAAUGAAACUUCUUGCAAUGGAUUCUCAAACUUACCAAUCUCACUUUGUGUUAAUACCUUAUAUGACUCCUGGCCAUCUCAUCCCCAUGAUCGACGUUGCCAAGCUUUUGGCUCAACGUAAUGUUUUAGUCUCCAUUGUUCUCACACCUCUAAAUGUUGCUCGAUUCAGCAACGUCAUUGAUCGUUCCAUUCAAGUCGGGCUGCCAAUCCAGGUCUUAGAGGUUAAGUUUCCAUCUGUUGAGGUUGGCCUGCCUGAAGGGUAUGAAUCUCCAGAAACACUACCUUCACGAGACUUGAUCAAAAAUUUUUUUAGAGCAACGGAUUUGUUGCCGGAGCGAGUAAAGAAAUUGUUUGAGCAACUAAAGCCGAGUCCUAGUUGUAUGGUUGCAGACAAAAAUUUCCCCUGGACGGCUGAUAUUGCGGCCAAGUUUCAGAUUCCAUUUCGGGUAAUAUUUGAUGGGAUGAGUAGCUUUUCCCAAUUGUGCUUCCACAGUUUACAAGAAUCUAAGGUCUAUGAGAAAGUAUCUGAGUUUGAACCUAUUGUGAUUCCAGGAUUGCCCGACAAAAUUGAACUCACGACCAACAAGUUGCCGGGUGAGUUCAAUCCAGGAUUGAGCGAAGACUUCAAGGCUCUUGGACGAAAGAUGAGAGAAGGUCAGGUUGGUGCAUACGGGGUGAUAGUUAAUAGUUUUGAAGAGCUAGAACCAGACUAUGUUGAAGGCUACCAAAAGGCCACAGGAAAGAAACUAUGGUGCGUUGGCCCGGUUUCAUUAUGUAACAAGGAUGACUUAGAUAAGGCUGAGAGAGGUGACAAGGCUUCAAAUGAUGUAAAUCAAUGCUUGAAAUGGCUUGACUCAUGGCCUGCAAAUUCUGUAAUUUAUGUUUGUCUUGGAAGUCUCAAUGGUUUUACACUUGCACAAUUGAUGGAACUUGGUUUAGGAUUAGAAGCUACAAACAGGCCAUUUGUUUGGGUUAUAAGAGGUGAAAUGAAAAGGGAAAUCCAGAAAUGGUUAGAAGAAGAUGAGUUUGAAAAGAGAGUGAAGGAAAGAGGUCUAGUGAUACUAGGCUGGGCGCCUCAGGUUCUGAUUCUUUCGCAUCCUGCAAUCGGAGCUUUCUUAACACAUUGCGGGUGGAACUCAACUUUAGAAGGGAUAUGCGCAGGCGUGCCAUUGGUUACAUGGCCUUUGUCUGCUGAACAGUUUAUAAACGAGAAGCUAAUUACUCAAGUGAUGAAAAUUGGAGUGCCGCUAGGGAGUGAUGUUAUGGUGCCUUUUGGACAGGAAGAGAAGUUUGGGGUGCUGGUAAAGAAGGAGAAAAUAAGAGAGGUUGUAGACAAGGCAAUGAAUGAAGAUCAAGGAGAAGAGAUAAACAAACGUGCAAAAAGGCUUGCCGAAAUGGCCAAAAAAGCAGUAGAAGAGGGAGGAUCUUCUUACAAUAACAUUACCUUGUUAACUGAGGAUAUCAUUCAACAAGCAAGAGGCCAUUCAUAAUAUAAUUAGACUGUUUCUGUCAAAUUUCAUCAUGCAUUAUGAAUUUGUUUUUGGAUCUUUACCAUCUUCCUUCUGCAUAAAUGAUUGAGUUUAACUUCCUCCUUUUAUUUAAUGUGAGAUUAAGCAAAACUCUACAUACUUUUUAUUGUUGAAGAAUAAGUCUUGUUGAAAAAGUCAGUUUGUCCUAUUCUUUAGGGAUAGUUUACGUUGCAUUUAUGUGGGCUUCAGUUGAUGACUUUAGUUGCAUUUUUUCUGGAAUUUUGUUGCUGUAAUGCCUAUAUAUAAAGGCUCUUGAUUUAUGAAUAAAAGUGUAGUAGAUCUUCAGUUUUAA